AUGCAAGAUGAACUCAGCCCUGAGUAUUCCACUGACAUGCGUGCCGAGUGGGAUCUUAAAAACAAUUCAUGGCGAUAUGACGCCAUCCCCAUACUUGUCGAUGGCAAAAACGUCGCUGACUUUAUCGACCCUGAUGGCAUGGCCAAGCUGGAGGAGCUUGAGAUGGAGGAAGAGGCUCGUGAGCGGGCCGGCGAAUACGAUUCGGAGAGCGACGACGAAGCCGAUAAGGUUGCGCGCGCUCAGUCAGCCAUGAUCCGACACAAGCGAAUGAUCAUCCGACAGGCAGCGCAUCUCCGCAAGUCGCGCAAUGCUCCCGUGUUGCCCAAGGCCAUUCGCCAGAAGCUGAAGCAGCUCCCCAAAGACGUGAAGCGCGAGCGCCGUGAAUACUUCACCGACAACGAAGAUGGUGAUGCCAUGGAUACGUCUCGUGAUGGCGAUCGUGAUAAGCGCCGUGGAAGUGGUCGCCGCGAGCGCUCUCCCAUUCCUCGUCCCGAGGCCUCCUUCACGGCUCGUAAGCAGAUGGAUCGCCAAGUUGAUCAAGCAGCUGCCUUUGCUGAAUUGCUGGAGCGCCUCGAGGAAAUAAAGGAAUUAAAUCUGAGUCCCGAAGACAGCGCGUCGGCACUGACUCGUUUGCUCGAGGAGCGACGAGCAGAGCGGGAGAAGCGACAAGCAAAAGCACAAGCACAAGCACAAGCACAAGCACAAGCAGAGCGGCAGCGACGAGCAGAGUGGCAGCGGGAGGAGCGAAACGCAGUGCUCGAGUGCCUCGUGCGAGAUUUUGCGCCUCCUCAAGGCUAUAACCUCGUGAAGCAUCUAGCAAGCAUGUCGGUCGACAAAGUUUCCUUUUUGUACACUCUCUGCAAGAAAAACCUUCUUACUUGCGACCAGCUUGAAAUCUAUCUGCACAUUCCUGAACACAAGUGGACCCCGAAGGGAGCCUCGUUGCCCUCGAACGUGGAGGCCAAAGUGCCCGAGCUGCCCCCCUCACGAACCCCGAAAAUGAGCGACAUCAACGACGACGUUGAAGAAAAAUUUCAUUUUGGCAUUGUGCAACUACCUCCGAGCUGUCAUUACCUGGCUCUUGAGAUUGUCCAGCGAGCUCAAAAGCUUUUGUCUGCCAAUCUGCCUCAAGAAGGCAUACAUACGAAUUUGCUCCGCGCGUACACAAAUGCAUGCCUGAAAAACAGCGAAGCGCAGAGCCAUGAGCCACACUUCUCGUCACUGAUUACACUGGCUUUGCAGGACCACUUCAAUGCCCCUGCCCUUGCUGCGACUUCGGCCCAGGUUGCUGUCUCCAGCCCAUCUGAGACGGAGCCGUUGGCUGACACAACCGCAUCCACCCUCGCCACCAAGCAGGCGUCAGUGAGAAACCCCAUUUACUUGGUACACCAGGCAUCUCUUGGCUCAGCCAACAUGCACGCUGACUGGGUGGGGUUUGACGUCCUGCUGCGACCCGUCAUCGUGGGCGAGUGCAAAAAGAGCGCCCAGCACUUUCACGCUUUUGGUGGCCAAGUGGGCAAUCAGGUUGUGCGCCUUGGCCUCUUGGGACCGAAAUACCAAAUGCGAAAGGACAGGCAGCACCCACUUCACCCCUUCAUCAACAUUAAUGUGUGUGGUGACAUUGUGACUGCUUAUCUGGUCCUGCACUUGACCAGCAGGAACAUGGUUGCCAUGAUUCAAAAGAUGAAGGGCCUUGAGAAGGAAUACUACGUGGCUUUUCUCCGACUUGGAUCCGCCCAAAUCUCCAAAAACCGCGCCGACCAUCAGGCUGUCUGGGCGCUUUUGACCGCUUGCAGAGAGUUUGUGACGGGUCGCCAGCAUCAGAUUAUUGAAAGCGGUCAUCGAUUUCCGCUUUCCUCCGAGCCCUUUCCCUGCCCGGCUCGGGGCAUGGCCGGAUGGACCUGCAACGAAACGUACGGGCCCCAUGUGCGGCACUGGGAAAAGAAGGAGAAAGAGGAGGAGGAGGAGAGCCAGCACAGCCCCGAGGCUCAGUCCGGCAAUGUGACGCCAUGUCAAAGCCGUCAGCCCUCGCACGACGAGCUUUCACUGAAAGACCUCGUCGUGGAAGCGGUCGCAGAGGAAGAGACUGUGCAAACGCAGCAAAGGCCGAAGCCGAUGGCUUUCCUGAUUGAUUUCGACCUGGGUGGGCCCUGUGAUAAAGCAACGUAUGGACCUCGUUACAACUACGAAGGCGGCCUUGAAAAGUACCGCCACGCCAAUGCCAGGCCCGACGAGCGUUUACAAAAGGCGCACGACGGCUAUUCUUUGGCACGUGUGGCCGAAGAUCUGCUCGAGGACAACGACGCCCGUAAACGGCUGGUCAGGGCGUUGGAGGCGGUCAAGUUGGACGAGGCGAUUGAGUUGUGCAGGGCCUGCACUGGGCGUUCAGGGCGUUGCUGA